GCUGUCCCCAAGAGCAAGACCUCUCAUUCCAAGAAGCGCAUGCGUCAGGCGACCAAGGGUCUCAAGGAACAGCGGAAUAUUGUCCAGUGCCCUGGAUGCGGUCAAGCAAAGCUCAUGCACCAUCUCUGCACACACUGCUAUCGGGACAUGAAG